UGACGCGGCUGCGGCGGCGACGGCCUCGCUCGCCCACUCGGUGCGGCCUGGAGGCGGCGGCGGCGGCGGCGGCGACAGCGAGACUGGCUUGUCCGGGGCUCCUCGCAGGCACUAUAUGAGGGGAACGGGGGAAAGAUGAAGAUUUAUCGAAAGGAAAUCAGAAGAAGAUGGUUUGAAAGCCAGAGGAGUGUGGUAUGAUCAACAAUCCCCUGGAAGUUUGGGAAAAGGGCAGAGAAGAUGAUGAUUUGUCCAGGAGAAGAUCCAUGAAUACCAUAGUGAGAGCACUUCUAAUGAAACUAGAUUGAAGAGGAUCAAAGAGAAUUGAAUAACAAGCAGGAAAGGCAGUGUAGCUAGAAGAGACUUGAUAUGACAGACCCAGAUGUUCUCACGGAAGUCCCAGCUGCUCUGAAGCGCCUUGCCAAGUAUGUAGUACGCGGCUUCUAUGGCACUGAACAUUCUUUGGCCCUGGACAUUCUAAUUCGGAAUCCAUGUGUGAAAGAGGAGGACAUGUUGGAAUUGCUGAAGUUUGAUCGGAAGCAGCUCCGAGCUGUUCUCAACACUCUGAAAGGGGACAAGUUCAUCAAAUGCAGGAUGAGAGUGGAGACAGCCUCAGAUGGCAAGACCACCCGGCACAACUUCUAUUUCAUCAAUUACCGCCUGCUGGUCAAUGUUGUGAAGUAUAAACUAGACCACAUGAGGAGGAGGAUUGAGACAGAUGAAAGAGAUUCCACCAACCGAGCCUCCUUCAGAUGCCCGAUUUGCUUUAGCACCUUCACAGAUUUAGAGGCAAACCAGUUGUUUGAUCCCAUGACAGGACUUUUUCGCUGCACCUUUUGUGAGACUGAAGUGGAGGAAGAUGAAUCGGCAAUGCCCAAAAAGGAUGCACGAACGCUUGUGGCACGGUUUAACGAACAGAUAGAACCUAUCUAUGCACUCCUCCGUGAGACUGAGGAUGUUAACCUAGCCUACGAAUUACUUGAACCUGAGCCUAUGGAGAUUCUCGCGCUGAAACAGAGCAAGGAGCGGGCUGCCAGUGCUUUGGCAAACAGCAGUCUAUCAAGUGGGCAGCACAGGGAAGCCUGGUCUACCAAGGGACCCUCUUAUGAGGACUUGUAUACCCAGAAUGUCAUCAUCAGCCUGGAGGACCAAGAGGAUCUGCACCAGCCAGCUAAUGAAGGGAAGCCACCUAGAGAGAGACCGGUUUGGCUGCGUGAGAGCACAGUGCAAGGGGCUUAUGAUCCUGAUGAAGUGAAAGAAGGUGGUCAAGACACAGAUAUGUUACAGGAAGGGGAAGAGGGUCCGGCUGCCCUCGACAAUAACGAGGAGGUGAUGCAGGCUCUGCUCAUCCACGAGAAGAAAACCCCCUCUGCCUCUGUAGCUGCCAUGGGAGGUAUCGCCCCACUAUCUGCCACCAAUGCCAGUGACUCUGAGAGCGAGACGAGCGAAUCGGAUGAGGACUCCCCUCCCCACGUCGCCCCGGCUGCAACAACACUCUAUGGGCUGGCAGAGGAAGAUGAUGAUGAUGAGUUUGAGGUGGUGACGGAAGACCCCACUGUCAUGGUGGCGGGACGCCCAUUUUAUUAUAGUCAAGUAACCCAACGACCUGAGCUGGUGGCCCAAAUGACUCUGGAGGAGAAAGACCAGUACAUAGCGAUGGGCCAGCGGAUGUUUGAGGACAUGUUUGAUUAGCUCCCUUCUGCUUGUGCGCAGCAUUUAUAGAUGAUAGUCACCUGGAAAUUCUGGAACAGAGCAAAAUACUGAAUUAUAUUCCCAUACAUUCUGAGUUAAUUCAAUUGUUCUUUAGAUUUACACAGAAAAUGCCACAUGAGCAAUCGGACGGAUAAAGAGGCGGCCAGCCAAAGAUUUAGUGUGAGAGCUUGCUGGGCAAUCUGGAUUCCCUUCCUCACAUAUUUGUGUGCAGAGCUACACUUUGAAAGUUUCCAGAUCCGUUCAUUUCCAUGUACUUAAUAAUUGUUUGCUUUUGAUCUGGGAAAUAGGAAUGCCCUUUUGGUUGCUUGUUUCUCUGUCCUGAAAGGGGGUUGUAGAAGGCAUUGCAUUGAGUUUCCUAGAUUCUGAGUCAGUGAUAGCAUCUCCUCUGAAAACAGUAUCUAAAGAUGGUUGCUUCAGAACUGCAUAUGAUCUACUUGUAACCACUUAAUGCCCUGCAUGCUUAAUAUAUGGGUAUUUUUUUAUUUCUUACACCCAGACAAGCAGGAUAUAUAUUUUGUUCCCCAUGUACCAUUUUCUUAUAGAUCCUAUCGUUUUUAAAAUCGAUCUAUAGCUGCAGAGAAUAUAAGUACAAUCAUGUUAAUUAAUGGAUAGUAAGCCACCACAGUGGUUGAAAUAGCUUCUUGGAAAAGAGGCACACUGGAGACAGGUAGACAUUUUGGUUAUUGCUGACUCGGAAGAAGUUGUCACAGCCUCAAAGAGCAUGGUGAAUUUUACAGUCUUGUAAAACUUGUCAUUUUUGAAAUUUAUUUUCCGGGUCAGUGAUUUUAUUUCUUUGCUAACAUGGGCGGAUUCCUGGAUUUUCAUGCCAUCACUUCGCCUGCAGUGCUAUAAUUUGCAAAUGAGUGGACUUGACUUCAAAAUGUAAAUUACCUUCAGUUCAGCCCCUACUUCCAGAAGUGCUCUUAUACUUCCCAUUCUAGGUCAUAAUCUAAAGAUGGGCCAAAACUGUCAAAACAUAUUUUUCCCCAUGCUGGAUAGUCCAUGUUGAAUGAAAAACUCUCUUCUCCAUUCUUCGACUCUGCCCAGAAAAGUGAUUUUGCCUAAGUUGAGACUCGGGCUGGGGAUAUUUUAAUUUGGCACAAACCCAAAAGGUGUUCUCGAUUUUGAAUGAUUAUGCAGAACUUUGUUGUGUGUCAGUAUUUAGCACAGAACAGUCUAUUUUAUAUAUCCAGCAGUGCCUACACAAGCAAAGCCGAUCUUGUAAUGUUUUACGUUUUAAAAACAUUUACAGCUUUUAAAAAUCAUUGUUUUUCUUAUUUGGCAUUAUAGUAGAGCAGGGUGGUAAAAGGACUGUGUAUUUUAAAACUUUAGCAUCUGCCACACAUGCUGUUUUAAUUCGCUGAAAUUGUACACGUUAUCGGUCCCUUAAAAUGUAAAGCCGUUGUAUACUGACCCUCUAUGUUUUGUUAGUCUGUGAAGUUUCUCUUAAGAUUUUAUCUUUGGAAAUUUUGAUAGGUAAUAGACACACGAUCUUUAAACUAUGGUCUAAAUUUUUAUUCCCUCUUAAAAUAAAAAGGCACAAACAACAUC